CGUAUAUUGAAUGAUACAUACGUUUGAAUUGAUAAUACAAUUUAAUUAAACGCGUCACAUUGGACACUUGUGAAAAAAAACAGAGAAUCUUUGUCGAAUAACGUAUUAUAGUGCUUAUUACGCGUGAUUCAAAUAUUUAACACAAUUCUGCGUAGGACAUUAUUGUGGUUUAUGUCAACGAUAUCUAUGACUUUGACAGGCCUUCGUCAAACGCACAAUACAUACGACCUUAUCCAACAGAUUUGAUCAAAUUGACAUGUGAAUUAUGCACUCCGAAAAAGAACUGGGAAUUCUCGAUGGACAAUCACUUUGCCUGUAGCAUUCGAUUCCAUACUCUGUGAUCUACACUGGCCUGGUCUAUAUUAACGACGUGUCAAUAUCAAUGAGUCUGGAGAAUGGCAAAUAAUAUUGCAAUGUGUUUUUUAAACCGAUGUAUUUUGCACAUUGCGACCGACUAAGCUGGUUUCUUGGAACAACGUGCGUCGAAGGAAGCUUUUUUCUGACAAUAUUAUUUCACAAUCGAGAGCAAUCAUGUUCGUGUUUCAAAAAUUAUCAAGUAAAGAUUUGAGAUGUCAACAAAUACCAGGGACGAUCGGCGGCGGCCUGUCGCGAUUCCGAAGAUCAGCAUCGCCGACGGACUGGUCGAACCUAACAUUCUACGAUUAUCAAAAUCACAGUCUUGACACGAUUUUCGACAUAGAAGAAGAAUCGGAUGGCUUUUGCCCCUCGCUCUACUUUCUUCUGGAUUUUUGCCAUCUGUACUACAUACCAUCCAUCAUCUUAUUGGGCUUAGUAGGCAACCUGUUGUCAUGCGUGGUUUUCCUUAAGACGCAUUUAAAGCUACGCAGCUCUAGUUAUUACUUGGCGGCGUUAGCAACCGCCGAUUUUAGCUUUCUCAUGUCCCUGCUUCUCGUCUGGCUUAAUAGCACGAUCGGAUGGAAAGUCUUCAACAAUAAUGGCUGGUGCGAAACUUUGGUGUACGUAAGCGCAGUUUGCAGUUCACUUAGUGUUUGGCUAAUCGUCGCCUUCACCGUCGAGCGAUUCAUCGCUGUUCAAUAUCCACUGCAUCGACCGCAUAUGUGCACCGUAGCGCGUGCAAAAACCAUCAUCCUGAUAUUAACGAUCCUCGCCUUACUCAGUCACUCGUACUCCUUCGUUACUGCUGGGGUGGUAAAGAACCAGGGCGGAGACGAGGUGUGCGAAUUGAAGAUUGAGUACCUAGAAACUAUGCAGAUCAUUAGCAUCAUCGACAGUAUAGCGAGUCUGAUCGUGCCACUUGUACUCAUCAUCGUGAUGAAUACCAUGAUUAUGAGGAAUCUUCUGAAGUUUGGCAAGCGAUUCAAUCAGGAGCCUGGUUACACUGCAAAUUGUCCCAACAGGGAGAAAUCUGACAUCAAUCUUAAUCAAAUCCCGAGUGCCAAUAGCAGCAAUAACGGUGGCGGUGGAAAUAUGAACCUGGUUUCGCUCGUGGGCACGAAUGGGACUCGAAGACCACCCUCCCAGCAAUCAUCGUUUCAUUCGUCUAAGAACCAUUCCCGGCAUCAACCUGCAUCUGCUCCGCCGUCGACACCGCGGAACGCCUGUCAGAUGACCGAAAUAGAAGCUCCGUGUAUACACGUUAGGUCAUCUUGUCGGAAUCUCGGAUCGACUAGAUUUAAUCAAGAGAGCAUCACUAAAAUGCUCGUGCUUAUUAGUACGGUCUUCAUAUUACUUAAUUUACCGAGCUACGUAAUUCGUCUAUGCGUGUUCUUCUUUGCGCUAGCAAAGAAGGAUACACCGGAGACACUCUGGUGUCUUCAGCAGUUCUUCAUGCUGCUUUAUUAUACAAACUUCAGCAUCAAUUUCCUUCUGUAUGCAAUGUGCGGCAUUACGUUCCGUCGGUGUCUGGAGCAGAUACUGCGUAGGAUUCUAAAGAGUAUGACUCGGUAUCACUGCAGUCCACAAAGGGAAUCGGUAAGCCCGUGAAACAUCAACGCUCUUUGACCGAUGAUUCUCUUUUAUCCGUGUUUGGUUUCAACUGAGGUUUUAGUCCAAACCCUCGAGGCUUUUGCGGGCGUAAAUCCAAGGAUAAAUCUAAGAUGAUCCUGUUUGCCUGAAUCGCCUUGAAAGGGCGCACCAUUUCACCAGACGCGAUACGCAUCU